UUCUGUUUGUAUCAAGGAGGUUCGGAGGUAUGGCCGCCCUGCCCGUGUUUCGCCUCCUGUGCUCCGGCCUCGCCGUGCGAUGCUGGGGGUCUCCGCGCUCAUCGGGGGUCUUCAGUCAACUACUGAAUCAUCAGCAGAGACCGUUCUGUGAGGGGAGUGACGAGGUGCGGAGGGCUCAGGAAGCUGUGGCGAGAAAGGGAACCAAAUCCAGUUCGACCCCCACAAUCUUCUCCCGAAUCAUCGAGAAAUCCCUGCCGGCCGACAUCAUCUACGAGGACGACAAGUGUCUCGCUUUCCGAGAUGUGGCCCCUCAGGCUCCUGUUCAUUUCCUUGUAAUUCCUAAAACUCCAAUUCCUCGAAUCAGUCAGGUGACGGCCGGUGACACAGAGCUCCUGGGGCACCUGAUGCUCAUUGCCAGCCGGAUGGCCCAGCAGGAGGGUCUGACGGACGGGUACAGGAUUGUGAUCAACGAUGGGAGGCAGGGAGCGCAGUCCGUGUAUCACCUCCACCUCCACGUCAUCGGGGGCCGGCAGAUGGAAUGGCCUCCGGGGUAAAGUCUGCAGUGCUUUCUGGCUACGUCACUCACCCUUCAUCCCCGCGAGGGCCACCGUCUGUCUGCGGGCUCCCCAGAUCCGGAUGCACCCCGCGCUGCAGUUACUGUCUCGGGGCGGGUCAAAUAAAGUGCAUUUACUCUC